AGUAAAAAAUUACUUAUUUGACAGAGUGGUGAGAGCUACUUGAAAGUAACUUAUUUGUCUAAGAAAAAGAAUUUUGUGUUUUAAAACUUAUAAGUAAAUUUCUUGGGAUUAGCCAAACAUGCAAUAAGUAUUGCUUUGAAAAUGCACAUAGUUUAUGAAUUGUAUGCGACAAGUAGCUGGACAAUCUGAAGCAGCGGCCUGCCGAAGCCCUUUGGCUACUUUGAAGAAGCCAUUCAGCUCCCCAUUUAUGGAAAUAGAGAAAGAAGGAGUGGUGAUCCUGUGGGUCUGCUGCUGUGAUUAUUAUGGACCUUAUUGUCAACAACCUUAUUGCAGUUGUGCAUUACUUGUGCAAUUUGCAUGCAAGUAUGAAAAUCAAUUCAAUAGUUGUCGUAACAUGCUUGUGCAAUUCCAGAGCAAUUUUGGAAAUCAGCUGGAAAUUUGUGGAUAUAUUUUAACUUCAGAACAAUUUGGAAUACCUUAUCAUUGCUUCUAACGGGCUUGAUGCAUCUCUGUUUUUACUGUUUUAAUUCUCAUGAUAGCUCUCCUUUUAUUUUCUUUUUUUUGGUAAAGAAAGGUUGGUAACUUCAAAAUUGAGUUUCAGGUUACCUGGGUUGAGCACACAGAAUAUGAUGCCAAUGUCGUCCAUCAAUUAUAUCAACCAUUAUUGAAUUCUGGAUUGGGCUUUGGUGCACAAAAGUGGGUCGCCAGUCUACAAAGACAAUGCAAUUACUUGGCUGCAAUCACAUCCUCUACAAUCCACAGUGGAGAUCAUGCAGUAACCAAUCCAGCCGCCAGGAGGAGUAUAGGACAGCUAGCACAACGGAUGACUCGCAGCUUUUGCAACAGUGUUUGUGCAACGGUGCACAAGUGGGAAUUAGUUCAAUCUGGAAAUGCUGACAAUACCAAGUUGAUGAUGCGGGAGAGCAUUGGUAACCCGGGGGAGCCUUUGGGUACUGUGUUGAGUGCCGUGACAACUGUGUGGUUGCCAAUAUCUUGUCACUAUUUAUUUGACUUCUUGCGGAAUGAACAAACAAGAGGUCAUUGGGAUGUCUUAUCUCAAGAUGGUUGCGUGCAACAGAUGCUGCACAUUCCCAAGAGCCAAGACCUUGUCAAUAGCAUCUCUGUUCUUCGAAAUAGUGCUGCUGCCAGUGCUAAUCAGAUCAGCAUGCUUAUCUUGCAAGAGACGUGCAUGGAUGUUUCAGGAUCACUCGUAGUACAUGCGGCUGUCAACUCUGAAGCAAUGAAUUUGGUAAUGUCCGGGGGUGAUCCUUCUUGUGUGGCUUUAUUGCCAUCGGGAUUUGCAAUUCUUCCUGAUUGUUCUCCUGUUUCUGAUGGGCAUAUCAACUACAAUAGAGGCAGUGAUGAAGGCAAUAGUGGCUCGUUACUUACUAUAGGAUUCCAGAUAUUGGUGAAUAGCUCGCCUGCUGCCAAGCUCACGACAGAAUCAAUUGACACUGUAAAUUCCCUCAUCGCUCGCACACUCCAGGGCAUCAAAGUCGGUCUCCAGUGCAACUGAUGUGCGUGAAACUACUCUACUUCAAAGCCAACAUAUAUAUUUUCAAAUUUUUAUAAUGCAAACUUGACUAUGACGUUGAUAUAGAGAAUGAAGAGAGAAAAGUCUCUGGUUUGAGGUGAACAAUCUUGGUACAGGUUUGAGUCAAGAAUGAACCUUUUUGUUGAAUCCUCAUGGAAUUUUGGGUGGAAAUGCAACGUGUUUCUUUUAUUUGAUUUUGAUGGGCGUCGUCCCUUUUCUUGAUCUACUUCGAUUACAACUAGCUAGUGAGUAUUGCGUGUCCAACCAAGUGGAUUGUGGUUUGGUCAAUGACUCAAUUGAUCUCCUAGAUAAGAUAUCUUAGUAGUGUUCUAUUUGUUGUUGAAGUUUCUAGGAAUUCUUGAAGGUUUAUGGAACUCACCUAUCGCAUUUUGUCAUUUUGAAAUAUAUUUUGUUCACAAA